UUUAAUUUGUUUCCUUCGAGUGUGCUACACAGCAGCUAGUAAUUUUCCAGUUAAUGGCUUCCACAAGCAGUAUUGAGACAGCCUAUUCAUCACAUCACUGUAAAUACAAUGUUUUCCUUAGUUUUCACGGCAAGGACACCUGUUGGGGUUUUACAAGCCAUCUAUACGAUGCUUUGAACCAGGAAGGCAUUAUGGCCUUUAGGGACGAUGAAAAACUGAAGCGAGGAGAGUUCAUAAAUUCAGGGCUCUUGAAAGCAAUAGAAGAAUCCAAGUAUGCAGUCGUCGUUCUCUCAUAAAACUAUGCUUCUUCGAGGUGGUGCUUGAUUGAACUUGCCAAGAUCGUUCAAUGCAGUAAUGAUAUGGAUCUGGUAAUUUUGCCCGUUUUCUAUCAUGUGGAUCCCUCUCAAGUGAGGAAUCAGGGUGGUUCUUUCGCAAUAGCCUUUUGAAAACAUACAAUAGAUCCCAGGAUUGCCAUCAAAGACGUGCAAAGUUGGAAAGCUGCUUUCUGACAAGUGGGUGAGAUCGCAGGAUGGCAUUUACAUGAUGGGGAAUAACCUAUGGAUGCAUGAUUUGUUACAAGAAAUAGGUCCAGAAAUAGUUUGUGAUGAAUCUCGAGAAGAGCCUGGCCAACGUAGUAGAUUGUGGGCAUGGAAGGAUGUGCUUCAUGUAUUGAACAACAAUACUGGAACAGAACAAGUUAAAGGCAUAGUCCUUGACUUUCCUCCACAAAGAGAUCAGGAACACUUGAACGCUGAUGCCUUCUCAAAGAUGAAAAAAUUUAGAUUUCUUAAAAUCUCAGUAAUAUGCACUUUCCUCAAGGCAUAGAUUAUCUUUCGAAUGAGUUACAUCUUAUCAUAUGGAAUGGUUACCCUCUAAAAUCCUUACCAACUAGUUUCCAAUCAGAAGAUCUCAUUGGACUCGUUAUGCAUUGCAGCCAUAUUGAACAAUUAUGGAAGGGAAUUAAGGUAAGAUUUACAUUAAUUACAGGAGUGUGUAUUUUCUCGUUUAAUUUAAAAUUAAUUUUGUUUUUUGCAGAGUCUUUUAUAGUCAGGAUUUCAUUUUGUCACAGAAUUUUGAAAAUUUAAGGUUUAUUGAGUUGUGUGACUCCCAAAAUUUGAUCGAAACACUAGACUUCUAUGGAGUCCCCAAUCUCAAGAGGUUGUUUCUUCGACAUUGUGCAAGCUUGUUAAAGGUGCACCCAUCCCUUGGAGCUCUCAAACAACUUGUUGUAUUAAAUCUAGAAGGUUGUAAAUGUCUUGAAAGCCUUCCAGAGAAGAUUUCAAUGGUAUCUCUUGAAUUUUGCAUUCUUUCUGGCUAUUCCAAACUUGAGAAGUUUCCUGAAAUAGUGGGAAGUAUGACAUCUUUGUUGAAGCUCAAUUUAAGCGGUACUGCCAUAGAAGAAUUGCCACCUUCAUUUGAGACUUUAUCUGGCCUUCAGCUUUUGAGUUUAGUCGAUUGUAAAAACAUUUCAAUUCUUUCAAGGGUUGUCUUUAGUUUUCCGUCCCUUGGAUCUCUCAUCUUAUCUGGUUGCUCAAAACUUGACAAAAUGCCGGGGGAUUUGAGGAGCAUGGAAUGCUUGGAGGAGCUUGAUACAAAUGUAACUAGUAUAAGACAAGUACCAUCCUCCAUUUUACAUGUGAAGAGCCUUAAAAGACUGAACUUAAACGGAUGCAAGGGUCUGGGACCUAAAUCAUGGGAUUUGCUCUUCUGUCAUUGCAUCUGUCAUCUAAGCUCCUUAUUAUGGCUGGAUCUAAGCGACUGCAAUCUAAUCGAUGGAGCGAUGACCUGUGACCUUAGAGGCCUAUCCUUACUAGAGAGACUAAAUCUCAGAGGGAACAAGUUGAGGAGCAUACCGUAUAUCAUUUGUCACCUAAGUUCUUUGCUAUUUCUGGAUCUAAGUGAGUGCAAUCUAUCGGUUGGAGCAAUCCCCAGUGACCUCAGAGGUCUAUCCACACUGCAAACUCUAAAUCUCAAAGGGAACAAGUUUACGAGCAUACCAAAUAGCAUUUGUCACCUAAGUUCUUUGGAAGUUUUGGAUCUAAGCGGCUGCUAUCUAUCGGAUGGAGCAAUUGUCAAUGUACAGCAGUCCUCUCGUUAUUUGUCAUCUUUGUAAUAUUGUAUAGUUGUAGUAUUUUAGAUUGUAGGCUACACAUGACACUGCUAAAUAUCAAGCUUAACUUAGGGCCUCACAUGUUAGGUGGUGCUAUACACAGUGCUGUCAAGCAUCAGACGUAAUUGAAAGAAUCACAUGUUAGGUGGUAUUCCCGCUCAAAAUAGACAGUACAUAGCCUUGUAAAUUUGUUCUAUAAAAUGGGAGGAAAUCCUCUGAAAGGAUCAUUGAAUCCAUUUGACAUGGUAUCAAAGCCUAAGGUUGUCUCUCUCAAAUUUUUAGAUUUCUCUCUUGUGUUUCGUCUAUUUCUCUUGUGAUUUGGUGUCCUUGGUACCUUCGGUCUUGUGUCUCGGCUUGGUCUGCUCUGUUUCUUUAUUUUCUUGGUUCUGUGCUUGAUUUUGGCAUCUCUUGAGCUUGGUUCUCUGUUUUUGG